AAGUAAAAGUAAAAAUGGCACAAUGUGGUCAGCGUUUUAACUCCCUCUUCGCCGCAACAUCAGCAUUCAUUUUUGCCUCAUAUACCUCAUAUACUGUUCGAAUAUGCGUGUAUAUAUAUUUAUUAUGCUUGCGCACCCUGCGCUUGUACAAGCAAAACUUUUAUUUAAGUGUAUAUCCCCAUUUUUAAACUCCCCAUGAUGUGAAAAAAACAUGUCAUGAUUAGCAACUCGCAAAAGGACUCCAUUUUUCGCAAAUUUUUUUUUUUAAGCGAAGCGGCGAAGCAACGUACAAUCGUGCAGCUGCCGAAAGUUUUCGUCCCUCCUCUGCAAACAUGGGGAGUUACAUCCCUCAUUUGAUAUAUUCAUAAAUUAAUUCCCUUUUUUUAUGUACAAUUAGCCAAAUUUUUAACCCCCUUUUGAACCUCAUUUGACCAAAUUGCGCAACCAGCAGUUUUAUGCAAAAAUUCGCAUCACACUGCGUUGUGGUUUUUCUGAAUUUUUUUUUUUUUUUUUUUGUCACCUCUGUGAAGAUGAAAUUACUCCGCUUUGUAAAACAUUUGAACAUCCCAAGGGGAAGCGCUUUGGAAAAAUUGUGUAAAUGUGACAAGACAAGUAGGGGGUUUAAAGCGCUGACAAAUGCAUGCACCUCGAGGGGCAGCACAAGCGAGCAUAAUCAUAAUCCGUUGCACGACAGAGGGGGGGGGUGCGUGCGGAGGAGGAGGUUCCAUAGCAGCCGGGGGGAAAUCCCAAAAGGAGGCGACUCCGUGGGGAAGAAAAAUGAACCAUCAGGAGAUAACCACAGUGAGAGCGCGCCCCCCCCCGUGGACGACGUUGCAAACGAACGCGAGAAAAAAAAAAUCAACAGGUUUUACCUAGACAGCCAAGCGACCACCAUGAUCGACCCCAGAGUGCUAGACAAAAUGCUGCCCUACAUGACGUACAUAUAUGGAAACGCACAUUCGCGAAACCAUUUCUUUGGGUGGGAAUCCGAAAAGGCAGUGGAGGAUGCGAGGAAAAACAUCCUCCAUUUAAUCAACGGAAAAAACAACAAAGAAAUUAUCUUCACCUCAGGAGCCACAGAAAGUAAUAACUUAGCACUUAUAGGAAUAUGCACCUACUAUAACAAACGAGACAGCAAAAAAAACCACAUAAUUACGUCGCAAAUUGAACAUAAGUGCAUCCUGCAGACGUGCCGAUAUUUACAAACGAAGGGAUUUGAAGUGACUUAUUUGAAACCCGAGCCGAACGGAAUCGUACGCUUAGAAGAUAUAGAAAAGAGCAUAAAGGAGAGUACCAUAAUGGCGUCCUUCAUCUAUGUUAAUAACGAAAUAGGGGUCAUACAAGACAUUGAAAAGAUUGGUCUUUUGUGUAAAGAAAGAAAUGUAAUUUUCCACUCGGAUGCAUCCCAAGCGGUAGGUAAAAUUCCCAUCGAUGUGCAAAAAAUGAACAUCGAUUUGCUGUCCAUUUCAGGCCAUAAAUUAUACGGCCCAAAAGGAAUCGGAGCGUUAUAUAUAAAAAGGAAAAAGCCGAACAUACGGCUAAAUGCGUUAAUACAUGGAGGGGGGCAAGAAAGGGGACUACGCUCUGGGACUUUACCCACCCAUUUAAUUGUAGGCUUAGGAGAAGCAGCAAAUUUGGGAUCCAUCGAAAUGAAUCGUGACCAUAAAAAAAUGAAAUUCUUUUUUCACUAUGUGAAGGAUCACUUGAUGGAAAACUUAGAUUAUAUCGUUUUCAAUGGGUGCCAAACGAAUAGAUACUUUGGAAACAUGAAUGUGUCCUUUUUAUUUGUGGAGGGAGAAAGUUUGCUAAUGUCUUUGCACGAAAUAGCCCUCAGUUCGGGUUCUGCUUGCACAUCUAGCACGUUAGAACCCAGCUACGUAUUACGCUCCAUAGGAAUAUCAGAAGACAUUGCGCACACGUCCAUACGAAUCGGGUUCAACAGAUUCACCACCUUCUUCGAAGUGCAGCAGCUGUGCGAAAAUUUGGUUAAGUCUGUCAAGAGGUUAAGGAGCAUCUCCCCGUUGUACGAAAUGGAGAUGGAGAAGAAGACCUCCGGUGAUACGCCUCAUUUUGUGUGGACCUAG